AUGGAUUACACGUCCAGCAGGAAUAUUGCUUCUCCCGUUAGCAAAAUGUCGGAGCAACUAGAUAUUGCUUUCUCAAACACGAUAGGAAGGCUCAUCGAUAGUGCUGUGCCGAUCACCUCGGCUUCUCAAUAUCGUGUCACUCUCGGCUUUGCUGUUCUAUUUCACAUUCUAUUUUUGACGCGCGCUGCGUCAAGGCUCUCCAAUACAGCCAAGCACAUUGGUCUGCUUGUCCUUUUAUUUCACAUUGCCGUCUCAGCGAUAGAGUUUCUUCGGUGGAACUAUACGCGAGCCAUUAUUGGAGCCGAGCCAGUUGCGGAUACCAUGGACAUUAUGCUCCGCAUAGCUCAGGUCGCCAGCAUAAUGAAUAUAAUAAGGCGAUACCAGAAGGGGCAUCCAGAUAUAGUCAGGUCCAUCUUCCAAGCUAUUACGCCGUACCGUAUCCCUUUAACAGCUGCGGCUUACAUCCUAAAAAGUCCCGCCUUGCACCGCGCGUCGGUCAUGACCAACUGA